GCCCAGCUGCCUCGGCCCUGAAACCAUGCCCCUAGCUCUCCUGUGGCUGGGCCUCGCCCUGCUGGGCGCCCUGCGCGUCCAGGCCCAGGACUCCACUGCAAACCUGAUCCCAGCCCCGCGUCUGUCCCGGGUCCCGCUGCAGCCAAACUUCCAAGAUGACCAGUUCCAGGGGAAGUGGUACGUCGUGGGCCUGGCGGGGAAUGCAUUUUCAAAAAAAGAAGAAGGCCAGUUUAAGAUGUACACCACCACCUAUGAGCUGAAAGAAGACCACAGCUACAAUGUCACAUCCACCCUGCUCAAGGGCCAGCACUGUGACUACUUUACCAGAACCUUUGUCCCAAGUUCCCGGCCUGGACAGUUCACGCUGAGCAACAUUAGGGCGUACCCUGGACUGCAGAGCUACAUCGUGCGAGUGGCAGCCACCAACUACAACCAGUUCGCUAUGGUGUUCUUCAAGAAGGUGUCCUCGGGCCGGGAGUACUUCAAGAUCACUCUCUAUGGGAGGACCAAGGAACUACCCCGUAAACUGAAGGAGAAAUUCAUCAGCUUUGUCAACUCCCUGGGCCUCGACAAUGACCACAUCCUCUUCCCUGUUCCAAUCGACAAGUGCAUCGACGACCAGUGAGCAUGUGGCGAGUACGGCUGGGGACAGGGCUGACGGGAGCCUAAGUGCGGUGGCCUGCUGCGCGUCUCCUGGGCACCGCUGCCCACCUGACUCCCUCAGGCGCCUCCGGUCUCUCUCCAUCCCCACUGCCUUCCUAUCAGCCUCUGCCCCAGAUGCUGCCCAGCUGCCCCCACCAGCCCGGACACCAAUGAGAGAGCCAGGAGACGCUUCUCGCAGUUCAGGCCACCAAACUGCUCCUGCAGCCACCCUGCUGAUGGAAUUGCUCCUUGACUGCUAAAUAAACACAU